AAGUGAGAAAAGUCCCAAAUCUCAACAUCUCCAUCUCCUUUUUGAUUCCGAUCGAAGAAGAAAAACAAAGAAAGACUAAGGUCGCCGGAAAAAUCACGUUCACCAGUCAUGAAAAACAGCUGUCGUUUCGCUGUUCUCCUAAUCCUCUUCUUGAUUUCAAUAUCCGUUCAUACAGAAGCGGAAGUUAUAGCCCUAACUCCCGACACCUUCUCCGACAAGAUAAAGGAGAAAGACACGGCUUGGUUUGUGAAAUUUUGUGUUCCUUGGUGUAAACACUGUAAGAACUUGGGGACUUUGUGGGAUGAGUUAGGAAAGGCAAUGGAAGGAGAAGAUGAAAUAGAGAUUGGAGAAGUUGAUUGCAGUGUAAGCAAACCUGUAUGCACUAAAGUAGACAUCCAUUCCUAUCCCACGUUUAAGCUAUUUUAUGAUGGCGAAGAAGUUGCUAAAUAUCAAGGGAAAAGGGAUGUUGAAUCACUAAAAGCAUUUGCGUUGGAAGAAGCAGAGAAGGCAGCAGAAAAAGCACUGCUAGGUACUGAUAAAGAGUUGUAAUCAUGCGAAAGGUAUGAAACUUCCAGCAGAAAACAGGGUACUUGUGAUUGUUCUGGAGGGGAUGUUCAAAUUUCGAAGACAACCCAACUUACACAUGUUCUUUGCCUUUCCGGAAUUUGUUACGAAUAUGAUGCUUAUUUUUUUUUUAAACGCUUAAACUUGUCUUGUAGGCAUGUCAAUCAAUGGCCUUAUUAGUGAUGGUAACAGGUGAUUGCUUUUUACA